AUGACGGGCAUGAAGACAAAGUUUAUCAUUAAACCUUUACUUAGUAUACAAAGUUUUGGUGAAAAUUUUUGCUUUGAAACAGAAAUAGAAAGAAUUGUCACAAUUAAUUGUAAUUCUAUGUUGCAAGACGUUUGUAAUGAUGUUCUGAAAGAUAUUGGGUUAGGUCAUUUAUCUCAUCUUGCCAAAGUCUCAAUAAAAACUUAUGAUUCAAAAUAUCUUACUCUUAAUUCAUUUGUUCCUAAUUUGGUUUUAAGUAUAGGUACUUUAAAACCUAUUUUUGGAAAUUUUAUAACAAUUCAAAUUGUUGUCAAUGGAAAAGUAGAUGAUUUUAGUCAAUAUGAAUUGGAAAAAACUUUAUGUUGUAAUCUUCUUCAAUUAAUUAUUAAAAAAUAUUCAUCAAUUAAAGAUUCAAUAGCUGAUAUUAAUAUUAAAGAUAUUAUAGGGAAAUUGGAGGAAAAUUCAACUACAAAACUUCCUUAUGAAUAUCUUCAUUCUAUAAAUAAAUUAGUACGAGAUCAAUUAAUAUCAUUGACUAAAAAUAAAGGAGAAUUACUUAAGAAUGAAGUAUCAAUUAAUGAUGAAAAGGUAAAUAAGCCAGAAUUAGAAACAUUUCAAAAAUUUAAUAAUGAAUUCAGUCCAAACUUGAACACUUCUUCAAAAAAUUUAGAAUCAAUUGAUGAAUCCAAAAAAGUAAAUAAUAAUGAAGAAGCACAACUUUUUAAUCUUCCUCUUAGUUUAAAUCCAACAUUUUUUGAAUUAAUGAAAACUUCACCCUUAAAAGUAGUAGUUCCAGAAAAGUUAUCAAUAAAUAGUUCUUUUAUCAGAAAUCGUUCUCGAAUAACAUUUGAUCAAAAUAUUGAAACACCAAUUCUAGAAAAAUGGUUUUCAAUAACAAGAAAACCAAACUCAUUUCAGGUACAACAAAUAGCUGAUCAUUUAAAUAAUAUUACAAAUCGGCCGGAUGAUUUAAAAAUAACAAUUCAAAACGUUAAAAUUUGGUUUAAAAACAGGAGAGCUAAAGGAAAAAGAUAA